AUGAGCAAAGCGUUCAACCAAAUUUCCAGAUCACCUUUCACACGCAAAAUCGAAGGAGGAAAACUUCCUCGACGGUUUGCUCAGCCAACAUUCACCAUAUACAAUAGUCGAACAAACUUUGUAGAACAAGUAAGCCACUUCUACAAGAGAAUGGCCGUUCACUCCAGGAACAAGGCCUUGAUGUGCAAGGUGUUCCCAUCCAGUCUGGGGCCUAUGGCAAUGAGAUGGUUCUAUAGUCUAAGGAAAGGUUCUAUUAGCUCCUUUAAGGAGCUCACUAGGGCAUUCAGGGCCCGAUUUAUGACUUGCAGUAGGGUUCUUCAGCCCUUAGAAUCCUUGUUGUCUAUGACCAUGCGAGAAGGGGAAACCCUGAAAACAUACUCAGAUAGAUACUGGAAGAUGUUCAAUAGGAUUGAUAGGGACUUUGAUGAUGUGGCCAUAAGGACUUUCAAGGUCGGCCUACCUACUGAGCAUGAUUUGAGAAAGUCAUUGACUAAAAAGCCUAUAAGGAGUGUACGUCAGCUCAUGGACCGUAUUGACGAGUAUAAAUGGGUCGAGGAAGACCAUAGGCAAAGGAAAGGGAAGGCUAAGUUUAUCCCUCAGGAUAGGAUGGAUUUCAAGUCGGACAGAUACAAUAAUAAAGACCUUGCUGAGCAGUCAGGGUCUACUGCUACCCGAGUGGUUGGCACAGUGUUCAGGGAACCAAUGCAUCAAUGUGAGAAGUUAGAGAAAAUUGUUAUUGAUGAUGAUUUGGAAAAGUUUUUUCAAGUCGGAGCCCAACUACCUCCUCGAGAGAAGGAAAAGCUGAUUGUGUUUCUCAAGAGGAAUAAUGACGUGUUUGUAUGGAGUACUUACGAGGCUCCUGGGGUGGAUCCAAACUUCAUCUACCAUCAUUUGAAUUUCAAUCUGUCCAUCAUCCCCAAAAAGCAACCACCUCGGUGCUCAUCUAAGGACCAUUCUGAUGCUGUCAAGGAUGAAAUGAUCAAGCUUAAGUAG